UAAUAUUAUUAGUCGGCCAGGCCACAUUUUCCUGCACCGAUGGAAGGAAUCUUAAGUAUUGGGGAGUGCUAAACGGCGUUGAUGUCAAAGAGAGACGACGACAAACAAAUACACCCAAAAAGCAGUGACACGUGACAGGCGCGUGGGACCCGCCACCUUGGUUAACGACACCGUCCAUUUAAAACGCCGCCGUCUGUUCAAUUCAACGCUGGGAUUCAUAACUGGUCUCUCUCUUUCUCUCAAAUCCAAUCAUUUCCUGAAAGACAAAACAAAAAAAAUCACACUCACAACACAAACACCACCACCAAUCCCCAAUCUCUAACUUUUCCCGAGAAAAUUUCCAUUUUCUCUCUCAGAUUCCCGCAAAAUUUUACAACGCCUCUUUUGCCUCCGCCAAUUCAAUUCUUCGUCGUUUUCUCCAAUUCUAAUGCGUCGAUUUCGGGCUGGAGAAUGAGUUCUCCCAACUCUUAUCUCAUUAUCAGUUUCCUUAGAUCUCUCUUCAAACCCUCCACAAUCUCCGCGUUCGACAUCUCUCGUCCAAUUUUAACUCUCGCUUAGUCCGUAAUAUAACUAUGUACCACGCAAAGAAGUUUUCAUCGGCUAGUAUGGUGCCCUAUAAAUCUCAAGGUGGUGCUGAACAAAUUGCAAAUGUUGAGGUUUUGGGUGGAUCUGCUGGAAAAAAUGCCACACCGGCGGGAGGAAGUGGGAAACAGCGUUUAAGGUGGACAUCUGAUCUUCAUGACCGUUUUGUGGAUGCCAUUACACAACUUGGUGGACCAGAUAGGGCAACACCAAAAGGUGUCCUUAGAGUGAUGGGUGUUCCUGGACUGACCAUUUAUCAUGUUAAAAGCCAUUUACAGAAAUAUCGUCUUGCAAAGUAUUUACCUGAAUCACCAGCUGAUGGUAAAGACUCUAAAGAUGAGAAGAGGAAUUCUGGAGACAGCUUUUCUGGCGCAGAUUCUUCUCCGGGAAUGCCAAUCAAUGAUGCCUUAAGAAUGCAGAUGGAGGUUCAGAAACGUCUGCAUGAGCAGCUUGAGGUUCAGAAGCAAUUACAAAUGAGAAUUGAAGCACAGGGUAAAUACUUACAAAAGAUCAUAGAGGAACAGCAGAAAUUAGGUAAUACCUUAACAACCUCCGAAACACUUCCUUUAUCGCAUGAUAAGCAAACUCAUCCGCACUCGGAGGCUUCUGGAUCUAGUGAUGCCCUUGCAAGCACUUUGUCCCCUCGUAAAAAACAGAGAAUCGAUGAUGGUUCCAAGGAUGGCUUCACUGCUUCCCAUGUAAGGAAGACUGAACAAAAGAAUGAGUGCAAUGUUGGUCAGUUGGAUCCAAAUUUGUAUGAUGAUGCUGGGUUUGGAUUUGAUUUGGAGACAAACAAAGAUGAACAUAAGGAGAGUGGACAGUAAGAACUAGGUUCCUUUUGUAGGUUCUGUCUUCAUUGUAAUGUGUAGUGUAUUUUUCUGGUAGAAAAUACAAAUCAUGCUUUGUAUAUAUAUAUAUAUAUAUAUAUAUAUAUAUAUAUUUCCAUGCAAUCCAUUUGUACAUAUUAAUGUAGAUAUAGAUGCAUUCUUCUCCUGUUGUGAGAGUCAUAAAGAAUGCACUCUUACACCCAACAGAAAUGCUGUGUGGGUCAUGGAUGAUGACUGUUGGGUGCAGGAUACUUGAUGUUCAGGUUGCUAUGGUCCAAGUCAGUAUCAAAUACCUGGAGAUGACAUUGUUUGAUCCUUGUAACCGACCUAAUCAUGGGAGAUGACACUUAGUUCUUAUAGAUGGAAAUAGUUAUGACAAGCUUCCCUUUAUAUUACUUAUCUUCCAGGCCUUGGCACAGUUAGACUCGUGAAUGUGAUGCUAGCAAACCUAUAAAAUAAUAAAUUUGUUAAAGACAAAA